GUUAUCUAUUUUUGGUAACGCGCGCAGAGCGAGAGAGAGAGCACAAGGGAGAGACAGCGAUUCGUGCUGAACGCCCAGCAUAGCUUAUGCCCCGUGCACGCUCACUUUCCGGUGGAUACUGUGGCGUGCGUGACACGGUGCAAUAACUAGAUCACCGGUCGCCGUCAGAAAAAAAGGUUGCGCGAAAAAAUUGACUUCUAAAUUGUAAAAGAAUUGUGAAAGAAUUGUAAUACUUUGCAGAAAUUACGUAUAGUGUGUUUCGACAACAAAAUAUGGCAGACGUUACUAGUAAACCCGGCAACGGUAUGGAUGUACAAGCUGGCAACGGUGAACCGACGCGCAGCAAUGCGGAAGCGAAGAAGCUACUGCGCGAGGACAAGCAGCGGGAGGCCAAGAUCGAGGAGCAGCUGGCGAAAGCGCUGAGCGGUAUGACGGUGGAGGAGAAGUACGCGACCGUGCACAAGCGACUGGUGGAGUCGGAGAAGGAAAACCGGCGCCUGGUCGCCCUGCACAAGCAGUACGAUCGGACGCUGGAAGCGUCGAAGCGCGAGAAGGAAAAUCUCAUCCUCGAGCACGACAAGAUGGCAAUGACGAAGACGAAGCUGGAGGGUCUGUGCCGGGAGCUGCAGCGGCAGAACAAAACGAUCAAGGACGAGAGCCUGGCCCAGAUACAGCAGGAGGAGGAGAAGCGAAAGGAGACGCAGGAAAAGUUCCAACAGUCGCUGAACGACAUACAGGCGGUGAUGAACGAGAACAACGAUAAGAACAUGAAGCUGAAGGAGGAUAAUAUGGAGAUGGCGAAGAAGUUCAAGUUUAUACUGGAGCAGUACGAGCUGCGCGACCAGCAGAUGGACAAGAUGAACAAACAGAUGGAGCUGGUGACGCAGCUGAACGAUGCCAAGCUGGCGAAGCUGCAGAUGCAGGCAAACAGCGAAAAGGAGCAAUUCUUGGCGGAGAAGCUUGUACUAAUGACCGAGCUGCAGAAGGUGAAGAAACAGUUGGCUGACUUGCAGUCGGUCGAGUCGCACCUGCGCGGUCAGGUCAACAUGUACUCCGAUAAGUACGGCGAGUUCCAGGACUCGCUCAAGAAGAGUAGAAGCAUUUACGAAGGCUACCAGGAGGACAUGAAGAAGAUGUCGAAAAAAAUGAAAACCCUCGAGAAGGAAACGAUGGCGUGGAAGUCGCGCUGGGAAACGAGCAACGCCACCGUGCAGAAGAUGCUGGACGAGCAGAUCGAGCGGGAAAAGCACCUCACCAAGACGACGCGCCAGCUGACGCAGCUGCAGAAGCUGUGCCGCACGCUGCAGGCCGAACGGGCCACCUAUCUCGCGGCCCUGAAGGAAGCCAACCUGACCGUACCGGCGGAACCACUGGAGGAGGAGGAAAAGCCGGCCGAAAGCGCCCCAUCGCCACCGUCGGAAACGAAGAAGCAGAAGGUGAAGCAAACCAAUGGCAGCAAACAGGUGAAUGGGCAUGCGACUGAAAAACCAAACCCACCAACGCCAGCCGGCUCGGCAUCGUCCCCCGCAGGCCAGGAGCAGGAAGCAGCAGUGCAGCAGGAAGUGUCCGCGGAGUCGAGUUAGUUUUGUGGUUUUGUUCCAAAAUUCUUUUAAUUCACGAAUACGUUUUAAUUUAUUGCACCCGAUUAGUGUUUGUGUUGUUCGUAAUUUGCGCGGUCCGUUGUGGAGACUUCUUUUUUCCUCGCCCAAACCUCGUUUGUACUGUUUGUACUUUUUUUUUCGCUUUCCGUUAGCGGACACACGUGCAGCCGCCAGCGCAUAAUGUAACGGAAUAAAUCGUAAAAAACGCCCCCGUAACAAGUAACCAAAA